UCAUCCGGUUCAAAAUUUGGACGGGGAGGAUGCCAUCCUAGCUCAAAUUCUAUAACCACCCAAUCCAAAAAAAAUCAGUAGCAACAACAGAAAAUGGGAGUAAUUCUGAACUGCAUCUACAUUCCAACCACACCCACCUCCACUACCACCACCACAAACACACCCUUAUCCCAAGACCCUUCAACAACAACUCCACCGACCAAAAUCCUACUGCCGAAGAAGAAGCCUCAGAAAUGGUCCACCGGAAUGGCCCCAGGCGACUACGGCGGCCCGCCCACGACGACCAAGCUCAGAAAGUACUGGGGCGGCGAGGGAGAGGACCCACUCACUUCCGAUGAGUAUAUAUGGAACAAAGACUUUAUGGGUCACAUGAAACGGGUUAUUCAGGACCCUUCUGAAGUUCCCUCAUUUCCUCCUGUUAAGGAAGAGUCUGCUGGUUUUCUUAGUUUGACCAGAGUUAUGAGCCUUGAUAAUUUGAAAAUUGAUUUGAGCAAAGAGCUGACAUCGCCAUCUAAACCUGUUGUAGAGGAAGGAGUUGAGGCAGUUCAAGCUAGUGACAGUACAUUACAAAAAUGGAAACCAGCACCAACGCGGCGCGAGCAAGAGAAGUGGAAUAGAGCCACUAAGGCUGCAACCGGAGGGAGUGAUGUGAUGAUUCGGGAAGUAAGGCGACCUCGAGGAGACCCAAAAGUAUUGGCUGCUCAGUCAAGGGAACAAUACUUUAAGUUGAAGAAGAGGUUGCAGUUCCUCACCCUGGGAGUUGGUGGUCUGGGUCUAGUCUCAGCUUAUGUUUCUUAUUCUCCUGAAAUUACAGUGAGCUAUGGUGCGGGGUUGCUUGGUUCUUUGGUUUAUAUGCGUAUGCUUGGGAGUAGUAUUGAUUCCAUGGCUGGUGGAGCCAGUGGGGUCCUCAAGGGAGCAAUUGCGCAACCAAGACUACUGAUUCCUGUUGUGUUGGUCAUGGUCUAUAACCGGUGGAACGGGAUACUUGUUCCAGAGUAUGGAUUCAUGCAACUACAAUUGAUACCAAUGCUAGUGGGGUUCUUCACAUACAAGAUUGCCACAUUUAUCCAAGCUAUUGAGGAGGCUUUGCCUGUAGUUGGGGAAAAGACUCAAGACUAGAGGUAGUGUACAAGCAGUUAUUUUCAUUUUUCUGAUGUCUAUAUGUCUCAACAGUUGCCAAUCAAAGUGGUUAAAUUUAGCAUGUAAAGGCUUGAAUACUUUCCAGAACGACUUGUAGGUCAAAUGACCAUACCUUGUCUGCUGUGUAACAACUCCCGGUGAAAUCGAUCCAUUGCUUAAACAGUUUGAGUUUAUUGAAAACGUAUGCUAAUUGGUGAAA